CUCUUUCUUAACCCUACUCUCUGAACCGACAUUGCAUCUCACCAUCUCCGUCUCUCUCUCUUUCUUUCUCUCCCUCUCCCAACUCUCGAGGUGAAACCCUAGAUUGUAAGUUUCUUUAGUUGAAGAAGUUUCUCGUGUACGACUGGUUUCUUGAAGAACUUCAAGUCUGGUUCAAUUAGAAAACUCAGUUUCUUGAAUUACUGCCUCUGUAAUUCUGAAUGUUGAAGAUGGCUAAACGUUAUCUGUGGGUUUUACUUGCUACAAUUCUCUUCUCGACAAUUCUGAUACUUCAAGCUUCUGCAUUAACUGAUCCAUCUCACGUCACCAUUCUCCAAGAUCUGUAUAAAUCACUGAACCAACCACCACAGUUGAAUGGAUGGAAACUGAAUGGAGGGGAUCCCUGUGAGGAGUCAUGGAAAGGGAUCUCAUGCUCUGGAUCCUCCGUUAUGUUCAUUAAAAUAAAUGGACUAGAGCUAAAUGGGAGUCUAGGAGGGAAUCUCUUCAGCCUCUUUAAUUUGAAGCAGUUGGAUGUUAGCUUCAAUCACAUAGAGGGAGAAAUUCCUUCAUCUUUACCUCCAAAUGCCACACAUAUAGACUUGUCGUUCAACAAUUUCAAUCAGAAUAUUCCUUUCUCCCUGACGUCAAUGAAAUAUCUGCGGCAUUUGAAUCUAUCUCACAAUUCCUUAUCGGGGCCAGUAGGCAAUGUGUUUAUGGGUCUUCCGAAUCUAAAACAAAUGGAUCUAUCAUAUAACAACUUCACUGGAGAUCUCCCAAGCUCCUAUGGAAGUUUGACGAAUCUUACUGGAUUAUUCCUACAGAAUAACCAAUUCACAGGAUCAGUAGUCUUUCUAGCUUAUCUCCCACUCACUGAUCUCGACAUUCGAAAUAAUCACUUCAGUGGUGUUAUUCCUAAGCAAUUUGAAAAUAUACCGAAUUUAUGGAUUAGCGAAAAUGCAUUCCAAAUAGGAGCUGACUACCCUCCAUGGAGCUUCCCAACUGACACUAUCCCAACUGAUCAGAAUGUCGAGAACUUCCCAAAAGCUCAGUCAAAUGCCAUUGAGAACUAUCCUGCUCCCAGAGAAGGUAAACAGAAGCAAAAAAAAUUGACUCCUGGAGCAAUAGCGUUUACAGUCGGUGGAGUAGCUCUAGUGGCAACCUGCGCAGCAGCCCUCCUUGCAAUCCAAAUCAAAAGGUCUCAGCUUCGCAAGCUUGAAAACUUGGAGAACAACCAUAACGGAUAUCAUACCCCAGUCAGUACAGCCACGGUAAUAGAAUCUUCGUUUGCUGAAUCAGAAGAGCACCUAAGCUUGAUGAUGGUUGCAUCUCCUCCUGUUCCCCGUCUAAGGCGUGCGGCAUCUGUUCAUUUUAACCAGACAGAAGAUUUUAACAGAAGAAGACAAAGCAGAAAUCAACUAGUUGCGAAAACGUACACUUUGUCAGAGCUACAGUUGGCUGCAAACAGCUUCUGCAAAGAUAAUCUUCUUGGAGAGGGCUCCGUUGGUUCUGUCUACAAGGCCCAGUUCACUGAUGGCCAGAUUUUUGCUGCAAGGGUUGUUGAUACAGUAGCAUUAUCUCUUCACGAGGAGGAACAUUUCUUCAAUAUUAUUCAGAAUGUUGCCCGUCUUAGACACCCAAAUAUUGUAACACUCACUGGCUAUUGUAUUGAAAACGGGAAACAUAUUCUUGUUUAUGAGUACGUCAAAAAUUGGUCACUUGAGAAUGAGCUUCACUACAAUGACCAACAUCGGCUUCCAUGGCAUGUUCGCUUGAAUAUUGCACUUGGUAUUGCCCGUGCCCUGGAUUACUUACACUCUACAAGUUCCCCUCCUGUUGCUCACAACAACUUGAAGGCUGCAAAUGUCUUGCUUGAUGAUGAAUUCAUGCCUCGUCUAUGUGACUCUGGUCUGGCUGUUUUAAAGCCCUUUACUGGCGAUAAUACUAAGCUUAAGGCCUCUGAACUGGCAAUUAGUUACUUGGGCUAUAGUACUCCAGACAACGGUCCAGGGAGGGUGGAUAACCCGAAGGGUGACAUCUUUGCCUUUGGGGUGAUUCUUUUGGAACUUCUGACCGGAAGGAAACCUUUUGACAGUACAAGAACAAAAAGGGAACAAUAUCUGGUGAGAUGGGCAUCGUAUCGUAUGCACAAGUAUGAAGAUUUGGUAGAGAUGGUUGAUUCCAGAAUUGUCUGUGACUUGUCUUCUAAGGUUCUCUCUCAGUUUGCUGAUAUAGUCACUCUCUGUAUUCAGCCAGAAGCAGGGUUCAGGGCCACAAUGUCAGAGAUUGUAGAGAGUUUAGUUUGUUUGGUUGUAAGGAACUCGGAUGAUGCAGAGAGUGUUAUUGCAGGAGGUGGUAUUGGUAGCGUUAGUGGUAGUGUCGCUGGUGGUUAUGAUGGCGGUGGAGUGGAUGACUAUGCACUACCAGAGAUAUCCUACCACACCACUUACACGGGCUUCCUUUCUUCCCCUGUACCUAGCUAUGUUUCCGCAGUUUGAGCUUUGGAAGUAUCUAAAUUGGGUGGAGGUUUAAAGUUUGUUUACUGUUGUGUCACAUGCUACACCAUUUUCUGUAGUUUAAUUCAUUCAUCCAUUACUUACUUUUUACGGUGCCUGUAAAACUUAUAUAAUUCAACAAUUUUGUUGAGUUAUUUCAUAUGCAAUCACUCUCUGAUGAUGCAACUGUAUGAACCAACAAGUAUCCAGUUUGUAUAUCUGUUGUUGAUAAUAUGAUCAAAAGAUACAGGGUUAUGUCUGUC